AUGGAUCUGGAAAAACGGUAUGACCUCAGCGCCGAGAGCUGGCAGCUGGCAUCUGGAAGGCACGGACGGAAGCUAACAUUGGCCCAGACCAUUAUCGAGCGUCUCAAGUAUGCUACGACAGGUGAUCUUCCGCCGAAUAGCAAAGGCGGCGCAUUCAUUCACGAUCCCAAGCUAUGUGGUGAGAAGGAGGUGCUUGCCCAGGUGAAGUUAUCUUUCCUGGGCACAUCCGGUGCGAAGAUGGUGGCCACGCGCAGUCUCCAGCUCACAGUCAAGAAGACCACGAGACAGCAGAAGACAUUAGAGGGAAAUUUGAUGAUGAUCAAAAAUGGCGAGCGUACAUCCAUCUCUUCACGAGUAGCUGAGCUAGACCAGAUCAUGCCGCAAUACUUGGGCGUCUCCAAAGCAGUCCUAGACUCUGUUAUCUUUUGUCACCAGGAUGAGAGUCUCUGGCCAAUGAGUGAGCCGUCGGUUCUGAAAAAGAAGUUUGACGAGAUCUUCGAGGCCAUGAAAUAUACAAAGGCUAUCGACAACAUCAAGGCCCUUCGAAAGAAACAGAACGAAGAUCUGGGCAAGUAUAAGAUCAUGGAACAGCACGCGAAAGAGGAUAAGGACAAGGCCGACCGGGCAGAAAAGCGGUCUGUCAAGUUGCAAGAUGAGAUCGAGGCAUUGCGAGAGGAAACCCAGCAGAUGUCGAAGGAGAUGCGGCGAGUCGCGGAUUUGGCUGAUAAAGCCUGGAAGAAUUCCGAGAGCUAUGCCCAGGUCCUGGGCGCCUUGGAGGGCAAAAGAAUUGAAGCUAAAAGCAUUCAGACGACCAUCGACAACCUGGAAAGGCACCUGGUUGUGCUUGAUGAUUCGGACGAAUGGCUCGAAUCUACCCUGGAACAAUUCGAGAUGAAACAAGUCGAGUACCAGCAACAGGAAGAAUCUCAAAAGGAGACAUAUAUGGAGUUGAAAGAGCGCAUCGAGCAAACUCGUCACCGUAUGGGCUUGAAGCAGGCCGAAUAUGGAAAAUACGAAAAUGAUAAAGCCAACUUUGAGCGACAAGUUCAGAGACGACAGAACAUGAUCAAUGAGGUUGCCCGCGGGAACAACAUCCGCGGACUCGACGAUAACAUGGAUCAAUCGGCCGUCGAUGCAUUCAUGCAGAAACUCCGACGUCUUUUGCGGGAGCAGAACCAAGCGCUCGACCGGGUGAAGCGCGAGGCUCAGAAGGAGCUCCGUGAGGUUCAGGAGACUUUGAAUGAAAUCGGACAGCGUAAAUCCGCGCUUCAAGAGACUAAGAACGCUUCAAAGAGACAAAUUGCGGCCAAUGAGAAAGAAUCGGCAAGCUACCAAUCAAGACUCAAUGAAAUCGAGGUCGACGAAGGUGCUCAAGCUUCUCUAGAAGCCAAGAUUGAAGACACUACCUCCAAUCUUGCACACGCCAAAGAUAGAUACAAGACUGCGUCCUGGGAUCAAGAGAUCCAGAGCAUCAAUUCUCAGAUCCAUGACCUUGAGGAUGAAAACUCCAGGCUGAAUGCUGAGUUGAUUGAAUCAACAAAGAAAGCGGGCGAUCUAGCUCGUCUGGAUCAUCUUAAGAAAGAAGCAAAGGACAAGGAGCGCAGCCUGCAGACAAUGAAGGGAGCUCAUGGAGACCGCCUCGCGAAAGUUCUGGGCUCCGACUGGCAACCUCAAACACUGGAGCGUGACUUUCAACGCGCCGUUGAUCAAGAAUCCAAGCAUGUCAGCGAUGCCGAGCGAGAUCGUGAUUGUGUUAGCCGGGAGUUGGAACAAGUUCAGUUCAAGCUCGCUAAUGCGAAGAAGACUCUUAAGCAGCGGAAGAAGGAGCUCGAUGAUUGCGUGAAGGACAUUCAAGAAGCAGUAGAUGCAGAGCCUUCUGAGUACCCUGAAAUCGUCAAAGAACGCCAAGCGCAGUACGAUAUGGCCCGUAAAGAUGCCGACCAAUAUGCGGGCAUGGGCGAAUACCUCACCAAGUGUCUUAGUGCAGCAAAGACGAAUAAGGUCUGCCGCACAUGCACUCGAUCCUUCAAGAAUGAGACAGAACUCCAGGCUUUCACUAAAAAAUUGGAAGCCUUGGUGAACAAGGCUACUGCGGAAGUCGAAGACGAGAUUCUAAUCGGUUAUGAAAAAGACCUAGAAGCUGCCCGCGAGGCUAGUGGCGCAUACGAUACCUGGGUCCGCCUCUCAGAGACGGAUAUCCCGGCGCUUGAAAAAGAGGAGCAAGAACACGAAUCGCGAGGAGACCAGCUCCUAGAAAAGCUCGAGUCUCAUGAUCGCAUCGUCAGCGAGAAGUCGGAAAGCAAAAGAGAAGUCGAGUCCCUUUCCAAGACUGUGAACACAAUCGCCAGAUACGACGCUGAAAUCAACAGCAUCGCUAGUCAAAUCCAGGACCUUUCUGCCAAGGAAAAUGAUGUUUCCACUACUCGCACUCUGCAAGACAUCCAAGAUGAAAUUUCGGCAAACAGCGAAAAGUCUCGAGAGCUGAAGAGAACCUUGACGAAGCUCACCAAUGAGAGAGAUCAGACUCGGGCUCAGAUCAACAAUCUGGAGCUUCAGCUUCGCGAUGUGAGAGAGAGCCUCAAUAACGCCAAGUUCCAACUUGAGAAGAAGGCCGACCUGCUUAUUCGUAUUGAAGAAGUUAAAAAACUCAAUUCUCAGCAGCGUGAAGCGAUUGAAAAGGCCGAUCAGGACAUCGAAAGUCUCACGCCUGAAUUGCUUCAAGCCCAAGCUCGCUACGAUGAUAUCAGCCAGCGAUCCGAGGAGCGAGAACGACACUCGCAGCAGGAGAUCAACCGCCUCUCAGAAAAUAUUCAUCAACUCGAUCUUGCAAAUGAAGACAUCAAUUCGUACAACGAACGAGGAGGCCCUAGCCAGCUCGAACGGAGCAAGCAAGAACUGUCCGAGAUCGAGGAGCAAAUCAGCAAUCUCGAGACCAAGCAGGGCGAGAUCACAAGAGAAAUCAACAAGAUCUCCACCCAGUUGAAAGACAGUGAAAAUACAAAGCGACAAUACUCCGACAAUCUGCAAUACAGACAAGCUACUCGGUCACUCAAUACAGUCCUUGCGGAAGUCGAACAACUGGAAGAGCAAAAUGCCGAAGUCGAUCGCAGCCGUUUCAAGCAGGAAUCGGAACGCUGGACCCGUGAACACAACGCCAUUGCUGCCAAGCAAGCCAGCAAAAUGGGUGAAAUGAAGUCAAAAGACGAUCAACUCAUGCAGCUUCUCGCAGACUGGAAUACGGACUAUAAGGACGCAGCCUCAAAAUACAAAGAAGCCCACAUCAAGGUAGAGACCACCAAAGCAGCCGUGGAUGACCUAGCUCGCUACGGAGGGGCCCUUGACAAAGCCAUCAUGAGCUACCACAGUUUGAAAAUGGAGGAGAUCAACUCCAUUAUUGGCGAACUCUGGCAAAAGACCUAUCGUGGAACAGACGUCGACAUGAUCCUGAUCCGCUCCGAUAACGAGAAUGCCAAGGGCAAUCGAUCGUACAACUACCGAGUGUGUAUGGUUAAGCAGGGCGCCGAAAUGGACAUGCGAGGCCGCUGCAGUGCUGGUCAGAAGGUCCUGGCUAGUAUCAUCAUUCGACUUGCUCUGGCCGAGUGUUUCGGCGUCAAUUGUGGACUCAUCGCUCUUGACGAGCCAACUACUAACCUGGAUCGUGACAAUAUCCGCUCCCUUGCGGAGUCGCUGCAUGAUAUCAUUCGAACUCGUCAGCAGCAGUCAAACUUCCAGUUAAUUGUCAUUACCCACGAUGAAGAAUUUUUGCGUCAUAUGCAAUGCGGGGACUUUAGUGAUUACUACUACCGUGUCUCGCGCAAUGAGAGACAGAAGUCUAUCAUCGAACGGCAGUCUAUCGCCGAGGUCAUGUAA